AUGAACUUCAAACUCACCUGUUCCGGUUCGCUCCUGCUGCUGCUACUGUUCUUCACCUAUGACCAAGGGAGAGCGAACCCCUUGAAAAGAGGCCAGUCCCUGUCUAAACGGUUCGAGGACGAUUCCAGGGAACUGAGGCAGAAGAGAGCCGCUGAGGAAAACGUCCCUCCACUGGGGCCCGACGUGCAGAAACCAAGAGCCGAGGAAAAUCUUCCUCCUCCAUAUAUGCCCACGGUGCCGAGAGACGUGGAUGAAAAUGCUCCACAGCUGGACCUUGCCCUGGCGAGAGCCUCCGAGGAAAACUUCCCACCUCCAAUUUUUCCCUUCGAGCCGAGGGCUGAGAGUGAAAAUGUCCCGCCUCAUCAGCCCUUAGUGCCCAGGACCUCCGUUGCAAAACCUCCUCAGUUCAUGCCCUUCAUUCCCAAGUCCUCCGUUGCAAAACCUCCUCCGUUCGUGCCCUUAGUGCCCAGAGACUCCGAUGAAAACCCUCCUCAGUUUGUGAACUACGAGCCGAGAUCCUUCGACGAAAAUGCCCUUCGGAAACUCAUCCACAAAGUCCGGCGCUCUUUCUGGAGGUCAGCAAGGAGGAACAAGCGGCUCUAUCCAGGAGAUGGCUGCUUUGGUCAAAAGAUCGAACGGAUUGGGACCGUGAGUGGGAUGGGAUGUGGAAGCUCAAACUCUGGCUACAGUGGGAAAAAAUAA